GAUGAUGAGCAUGCUCUGAUCCUGCAGUACUGCCAGACCCUGGGGGCGGAGGUAUCUCCCUGCAGCCAGCCCCAGAGCCCUGCCCAGAUCCUACAGGCCGUGGAGAGAGAGGAGCGGGGAGAGCUGGAGCGAAUCAUCCAGCGCCUGGAGGACGAGCAGAGGUAUGGGAUAGGUCAACGAAGGUCUCUUUCAAAUGUCAGCACUACUAGGUUCCACCCUCUUACCAAAAGUGAUGUCCAGUAUCUUCCUCUCAUAGUUCCUCUUCUCUUCUCGCCCUCUCUUUACCCCAGUCAAACUUUCACACACACAUACACAUUGACACUCUGUUUCUCUCUCUCUCCCCCUCUUUGAAUAGUGAAUGGAGGUAGAGUAAGGUCAGCGGUGACUGUGCACUCUAGUGUACUUGGAGCUGCUGUGUCUCUCUCUGUGUCUGAGGCAGUGGCUGUGUCUGUGAUUUAGCUCUACUCACAGUCUGCUUUAUGAGCCAGGCUAUAAACGCCAGCUAAAGUAAUACAGUCAGUCUGGAGCCUACGGCUCUAUACACACACAGAUAAAAACAGGGCCAGUACCUCUUUGUACAGUGGCUUUAGAUAAGAUUUCACUGAGACAGAGAAGGGGUAGUGGGAGAUUUGAGUAGUACUAUUGGGCUCAUCAUACAGUAUUUGUGGGCACGAUUGUGUGGUGACUGUGUGUAUGUGUGUGUGCGCUUGUGUGUCUGCAUGUGUGUGUGUGUGCACUGUCUGACUUCUGCAUCUCCCUCUCGCCCGUCUCUGUGUCUCCCCAAGGACCCUGCAGAGGGAGUAUGAGAAGCUGAAGGAGCAGCACGGGGGCCAGAGGGGGCCUGGUUCUGUGGGGCACUGGGACCCUGAGGGGUCCUCUCACCCCAGGGGUCCUAACGAGGCUGACCUGCUGGCUGAGGCCAAACUGCUCCGGCAGCACAAGGGUCGUCUGGAGGCCCGCAUGGACAUACUGGAGGAGCACAACAAACAGCUGGAGUCCCAGCUCCACCGGCUCAGACAGCUCCUGCACCAGGUGGGGAACACUUAGAGGGACACAUACAGUAUAGACACACACACACACACACACACACACACGCACACACACCACCUCAGACAGCUUGCCAGUGCAAUAUGUGUGUUGAUAACACACACAUGGAGACAAACAUGCUUGUUCCAGCUGUGGUAUUACUUGCACUGAUCAUGCAACAACAAUAAAACAUCCUUCUUAGCCUAGAAAGUGUCCUUGUUUGUUUCAUAACUCAUUCCUCUAAAGUUAGAAUCUGAUCAUAUUCCAACCAGCCUCCUAAUCCCUCCCUAUGCAGUAACCCAAUCCAUCUAUCCUAUGUUAAUGCCUCUCCUGAUGCUCAAUAAGUUAGGAUGAUUCUUUAGAUGUGUGGAAAAUAAAAGCUCUCCAACCAAACAGAGUCAAUCAGAGCAGGUAAACGUCAGGCAGGUAUUGACUCAGGGCCCUGGAGCUGAAAGCAGCGAGGCAUAGUAUUAAGUAACCUCAGCCUGGGAAAGAUAAGGUGACUCGGCUGAUUCUUAGGGGAUUAAGGGGUCAUUUAAACCUUGCAAGACACACACACAAAUACACACACACACCCACAUACACACCACUUCCUCCAGCCUAGCCCACCCAAAUUCUAAGACCGGCAUUGUACACAAACAUGAACAUCCACGCAUAGACACAUCCAUGCAUUCACAGAGUCCUCAGAUAUCCAGAUCCUGACUUUUUUUACUAAAUUGUUUUAACGAGAUUAUAAAUCAUUCAAAAGAGAAACUAAGUCGUUCAAAUGAGAAAUCCAAGAGUCUAAUUUAAAUGUACCUUCCGUAGUGCUCUGAAAUUCACAGAAUAAAUAUUUAUUCAGCUUUUCAGCCCAUCAUUGUCAGUUUAUGGCUAACCAAAUGACAGGUUCUCUCAAGUGAGGCGUAAGAAGGAUGUUCCUAAUUCACAGGAGACGUUUGAAAAUGUAUAUUAUGAAUACAAUUCUACUCAUUUUACCAUAGGGUGGAGAGAAAUAUUUGCAGUUUUAAAUAUGAUAUCUGAGUGAGAGUAACAAAAAUCAGUGGGGGCCCCCGGUCGGUAAUUUGACCAUGAUUACUACAAGUUUAGAUAGCUAGCUAGACUAAUUUGCCAAUCUUAAAAAUGUUAGCUGACAUGGGUUAAUUGCGUGACAGUCAGUGACUGACAUAACAAGAGAUACACUGCUGAUGCCCAACCACAUUUUGAAAUUGCAAAUUGAGUAUUAUACUAUUCUAAACUCUCAACAGUUGAGACACCGACUGAGUUUCACAUUUUUGUUUAUUAUAGUUUUUUUGGGGAAAUUGACCAUGCGGGUCGCCAGUUGCCCAUCCCUGGUCUACACUAUGUUUUGUUGGCUUUUACCAAUGUAUCUUUAGUACUCAAAUGUUACUGAUACAUUGAUCUGACUGCUAUACUGUAUAUAAUACACAACACUAUCUCAUGUGGCAUACUGUAAUGAAUCACUUAUAGUAGAUAGUAACAAAAUAGAUGGUACUGGUUCAAACAGCAUUUAUUAGAGUGAUUUGACAAAAUUGGUUAGGCAAUGUCUGGCUGUGAAGCUGAAUCAUAGGAGUAUAAUUACAACAGACCCAUUAUAUCCUCUGCCUCCUUGAUUCCCAUGUAGACUCCUGUCAGUGAGGGAUAUUUGCGACAAUUACACAAACUACACAUGAAGGCAAGACUCUUCUUUUCCCUCGUCCCAGUCUCUCUCCCUUCAGUGCCCACUCCAACACCAGUCGAUAUGCAACCAGCCUGUAUUGACUGAGAACAAAUAUGUUAUUUGUGAAUAGCUAGAUACAAAUAAUCUAAUAACAAGAAACAAUUUGAUUUGAUCAGAGUGCAAUUAUAAAACAACAAAAGUAAUCAAUAGAUUAUGUCCUUUAUAUUUUGUUUCUGUAUGCUGGGACAAGCAAGAAUAAUGUCACUUACUUGAUAGACAGCUGUCCAUUCGGUCCAGCAGGUAUGAGCUGCUUCUUCCAUUUAAUUUUUGGGACAUGGAGCAGUCUCUAUAACUCCAGGAUUGAUGAGCGCAAAAAAGUCUAAGGGGUUUGUUACACAAUCUCUGGUUGUACUGCUUUCUUUGCUGUAGCCCCGCAAUUGAUGGCAGUAACAAGUCCCACUCUGCGCAGCACAAACACUCAUCGUUGGUUACCAUGGGUUGACAUGCCCCGCAGUUGCACCACCACUCCCCCUCAGACCUGGCUCUCACCACCGCUCCUGGUGGCUCGGUUACAGGCGCCGCUGAUUCAUCCUCCCUCCGUGUUGCUCAGCGUCCAACUGCACAAGUUCCUCAGUAAAUUCUGGCUUGAGUAAAUAAAACAUUAUUCUACCCUCAAAGUCCGACAGGAUUUAUCAAAUGUUAUGAUGAUUUGCCAAUACGAAAGCAAGCUAUCUACUUUAGCUACUACAGUACGCAACAGCUGGCUUCCUCCCGGGAGUUUUGUUUACAAAACCACAGCAAGCCUUGGCGGGAAGACAAUGCAGCAGAAUCCAAAGUAGUCUGUAAAUGAGGAAGUUUUAAAAUAGGAUAAUAGGAUAAUAUAGAGCUGGCUGGCUUCUCCGUGCAUCGGCAGGACAGAGCAGCGACGUAUGUGUCUAUUUGUCAAUAACUGCUGGUGCGCAAUGUCUAAUAUUGAAGAAGUCUCGAGGUAUUGCUAGCCUGAGGUAGAAUGUUUUAUUUAUUUUAUUUAACCUUUACUUAACUAGGCAAGUCAGUUAAGAACAAAUUCGUAUUUACAAUGACGGCCUACCCCGGACGACGCUGGGCCAAUUGUGCGCCGCCCUAUGGGAUUCCCAAUUACAGCCGGAUUGUGAUACAGCCUGGAAUCUAACCGGAGUCUGUAGUGACACCUCUAGCACUGAGAUGCAGUGCCUUAGACUGCUGCACCACUCGGGAGCAGUAAAUACCUCAUGAUAAAUUGUAGAGCACAUUAUCUACCAAGAGAGUUCUCAUCUAUAUUAUUCAUAGCCGUCUAUUCACAUUUACAUUUACAUUUUAGCUAUUUACCACCACAAACCGAUGCUGGCAGUAAGACCGCACUCAACGAGCUGUAUAAGGCCAUAAGUAAACAAGAAAAUGCUCAUCCGGAAGUGGCGCUCCUAGUGGCCGGGGACUUUAAUGCAGGCAAACUUAAAUCUGUUUGACCUAAUUUCUAUCAGCAUGUCACAUGUGCAACAGAGGAAAAAAAACUCUAGACCACCUUUACUCCACACACAGAGAUGCAUACAAAGCUCUCCCUCGCCCUCCAUUUGGCAAAUCUGACCAUACUUCUAUCCUCCUGAUUCCUGCUUACAAUCAAAAACUAAAGCAGGAAGUACCAGUGACUCGCUCAAUACAGAAGUGGUCAGAUGACGUGGAUGCUACGCUACAGGACUGUUUUGCUAGCACAGACUGUAAUAUGUUUUGGGAUUCAUCCAAUGGCACUGAGGAGUAUACCACUUCAGUCACCAGCUUCAUCAAUAAGUGCAUCGACGACGUCUUCCCCACAGUGACCGUACGUACAUUUUCCAACCAGAAGCCAUGGAUUACAGGCAACAUCAACACCAAGCUAAAGGCUAGAGCUGCCGCUUUCAAGGAGCGGGACACUAAUCCGGACGCUUAUAAGAUAUCCCACUAUGCCCUCAGAUGAACUAUCAAACAGGCAAAGCGUCAAUACAGGACUAAGAUUGAAUCCUACUACACCGGCUCUGACGCUCGUCGGAUGUGGCAGGGCUUGCAAAAUAUUACGGACUACAAAGGGAAACCCAGCCGCGUGCCCAGUGACUCGAGCCUACCAGACGAGCUAAAUGCCUUUUAUGCUCGCUUCGAGGCAAGCAACACUGAAGCAUGCAUGAGAGCACCAGCUGUUCCGGACAACUGUGUGAUCACGUUCUCCGUAGCCGAUGUGAGCAAGACCUUUAAACAGGUCAACGUUCACAAAGCUGCGGGGCCAGACGGAUUACCAGGACAUGUACUCAAAGCAUGCGCGGACCAACUGGCAAGUGUCUUCACUGACAUUUUCAACCUCUUCCUGACCGAGUCUGUAAUUCCUACAUGUUUCAAACAGACCACCAUAGUUCCUGUGCCCAAGAAAAGUGAAGGUAACCUGCCUAAAUGAUUACUGCCCUGUAGCACUCGGUAGCCAUGAAGUGCUUUGAAAGGCUGGUCAUGGCUCACAUCAACACCAUCAUGCCGGAAACCCUAGACCCACUCCAAUUCACAUACCGCCCCAAAGACGUUGUGUGAAUGCGCUGGAGAUGUAUCCAUCACGUUAACGUUUACUACAGCUGGGGACUGAAGAGGAGUUAGGAGGCGAGCCAGAGAUUGUACAGACAGGGAGGGAGUAGAGGAGCGAAGGAUGGGAUAGGCAGGCAGGCUAAAUUGAUUGUCUCUGGAAAGCUAAGGGGCAUAUUGGACUCUAGUAGAUGUCAGUGGACAUCAGGUGCCCUCUUCUGUGUGUGUGCGUGCGUGCGUGCGUGCGUGUUCAUACAUUCAUGCUUUUACUACAUUGAUGAACUGUCAAGUUUGCUUGAGAGGAUCCUUAAAAACGUGUUGAGUAUGCUGUCUUACAGUAUUAACUUUGUUUAUUCCUUUGAUUGGUAUUCUGUCUCUUUCUCUUUUUCAUGGUAACUGAAAUGCCUUAGCCAAGUAGAAAAACAACAACAUGGAUUCUCUGAAGUUUCUAAGCCAGAUCCCAAUCAAAUAAUUGUACUUUUUCAUGAAUGAAAGUCAUCAAAUUAAACAAAUAAGAACCUAAACCCUUAGAUAUUUAGCUGAACUCAAGACAGGGAGUGACAGUGUUUGACACAAAUUGGGACAGGGCUAUAGACACAUGUAAAUAUUACUACACGUGAUGACAUCUUUUAUCCCAGCCCCAUCGUGUCACACUGUGUGGUAUUCCCUUGUUUGUGACUGAUGAUUUCUAUGUAGAGCAAUAUUUUGUUUGAUGUCUUCACCAGUGAAGUAUGCCACUAUGAAUAAUGAAUAGUGAGGACUCCAUGUUUUAGUAUUGACGCUUGUCCUUGUCUCUCUCCUUCCUUAUUUUUUAAAUUUUCUUUCUGUCUUUGUUGUUGUUUCUCUCUCGAUUCUUCUGUUCUCGUCUUACUUGAUCCUCAUUCCCUCCUCUUGUUUUUUUCCCCUCCUCCCUUGUCCUCUUUUCUACUCCAUCUAUCUUUCAUCGUUCCUCCUCUCUCUUCCUCUCUCUCACCAGGAGAUGGACUCCAGGGUGAAUGGAGUGUCAUCCCCCAGCAUGCAAGAACGAGGGGCCCUCACCGAACACACAGGUCGGUUCGACACACACAAACACACGCACACGCACACACACGCACACGCACACGCAGUGUGUUAAACUGUUGUUUGUGUGUGUGUGUGUGUGUUUCAGAUGAGCUGUUGGACCACCCACACAACAUAAGCUCUGAUCUGGCAGACGUCAUGGAACAGAUCAACUGCAUGCAGUCG